AUGCGCAUGGGUGAUGUCGACUCAGUGAGAGGGACGUUUGGAGGACUCAAGGCCAGCAGCGCUGGCGCUGCAGAGGAGGCUGAUGCGGGGGGUUCUUGA